UGUUAAACGUAAAAAAGAAAAAUAAUUUUGACAUUGACACUGACGACAGCUUUAAGUUUUUCUUUUUUAUUGGGAUCGUGACUGUCUAUCGGGAAGUUGUGUAUCUCUAACCAAACAUGGGGAAGGGUAAUAAUAUGAUCCCUAAUGGUCAUUUUCACAAAGACUGGCAACGAUUUGUGAAAACUUGGUUUAACCAGCCUGCUAGAAGACACCGCAGGAAGCAGAAUCGCAUCAAGAAAGCUAAGGCUGUUGCACCUCGUCCUGCUGCAGGACCUCUGCGACCGGUUGUGCGGUGCCCGACCGUUCGUUAUCACACGAAGGUCCGCGCUGGCCGUGGAUUUACUCUUCGGGAAAUCAGAGCUGCUGGAUUAAACCCUGCAUUUGCUAGAACUAUUGGCAUUGCAGUGGACCCACGAAGACGCAACAAGUCGGUUGAGUCCCUGCAGACAAAUGUCCAAAGAUUGAAGGAGUACAGAGCACGACUUAUCCUCUUCCCUAAGGGCAAAAAGGUUCUUAAGGGUGAGGCCACUGAAGAGGAACGCAAGCUGGCUUCUCAGCUCCGUGGUCCUUUGAUGCCAGUCCAGCAACCAGCACCGAAGUCCAUUGCUCGCGCGAUAACUGAAGAAGAAAAGGACUUCAAAGCCUACCAAUACCUAAGAGGGGCCCGAUCAAUCGCCAAACUCGUUGGUAUCCGCGCCAAGAGGCUGAAGGAUGCUGCUGAAAAUCCAGAUGAUGUUACUAAAGCCCCAACAUCAGUGAAGGAACCUAAGGCUAAGAAGUGAUCUAAAUAAAAUUAACAUCCAGUUAA